AGUUUUUGUUUCCUCACCUGUCAGUUCUGACACGGUGUGAGAGUCCAGCCUCGUCUCUUUGUUUUUCUCCGAGAAACAGGUCUUUUUUUCCCCAGAAUAAAUGAUAAUCUUGUGUGGUCCACUUACACCGAACUGAGGACAGCAUUUAACACGGUGUUCUAUCUGCUACAGAGUAGGCCUGUGCAGGCAUGGAGCCCCUGGCAGUAGAUGAUGACAUUUGCAUCCUUAAACACGAGACGGCCUACACCAUUGCUGGCGAGAGUCCUGUAUCGGUGUGUGCCGGUGAUGAAUCCGUCGCUUCCCACUUCGCCCUGGUCACGGCCUAUGAGGACAUCAAGAAGAGGCUGAGGGACACAGAGCGAGAGAACACCCUGCUGAGGAAGAGGGUUAAGCAGCUGGAGGAUAAGCUCUUCAGGCCGGAGGCUCCUCCAUCAGAGGGUCCCCAGUAUGUGAAUAAGGCCUUCAGUGCUUACCGGGGUAUCUAUAUAGAGAAGGAGGACCUUCAGAUGGAGCUAAACAAACUGAAAAAGGAGAAGAGUGAGAGUGAGAGGUUGUUGACGGAGCAGCUGCAGGCCAAAGAGUUGGAGCUGCUUCAGCUGAGGACGGAGAUGGAGACCAGCCAAGGUACAGUGAUGAAGAGCCUGAACAGCCCUCAGGACUACUGGCAGGUGGACAGGGUCAGCACUGAGAUGAAGAUUCACAAACUGCAGGAGGAGCUGGAGAAGGUGACGCUGGAAAACAGCAGACUGCUGAAGAAAAGCGGGGAGGAACCCCAUGGCCUUAAUGGACCAGACUUGGAUCAGGCAUGUGAUGCAAAUUAUAGUGCAAGGGAGAGGCACAUGCAGCAGACGUACCAGGCUUUGUGCUGCGAGGUCACCCGUCUCCAUUCAGAGCUGAAGCACCAAACGGGCCUGAUCAGGAAGCUCAGGCCGCUCCUCGCUGCCUCAACAGUUCCAGUGCAGUGUCUGGACGAUGUUGAAAGGAACAACCACCCAGUUCCCCGGGCGUCAGCACCUCGCCCCCCGAGUGCCCCCCCUCUCCCCUCUUGCUCCGGCCGCCCCUGCCCCCCUGUCGGUGUUCUGUCCGGCCCCCCGCUACCAGACAGCCUGAGGGAGGACUGCUGGUACAACGGGCCCUGGCCCUCCCAGAGCUGUUCAGGGGAGGCUCUGCUGGGCAGCGACCCCUUCUCCGUGGUGCUGCCCCCGCCUCCCCUGAACCAAGCCUCCCUGGAUGACAGCUCGCGGUCCUUCCCCAGCCCCCCCAAACCCAGUGAUGCCAUGUUCUGGGAAGGACACUCCGCUGCCUCCAACUCCUCGUCCUCAAUUGGAAACUGCUGUCCCAGGAGCCCCCCCAAUGCUGAGGGGGCCAAGCCCUAUUGAGAGGAUGGGGUGAUUUAAAUAGAGUAAAUGGAUGGAAAAUAAACGAAUGAAUGAACUGUCCAACCCUGCCACAUAGCUAACACCUAACCUGCCUUAAGUUGAUAAGACCACUCCUCUGGGCUGGACCUGCUGCUAGUGGGAGCUAACAGAGGCCAGAGGAGGCCUUUAUGAGGGGAACACUCAUUCUAUCUCUGCGCACCGCAUCGGUGAACAUAUCGGACUUUGCAGAGGAACAUUUGACAGAGAGACCCUCAGCAGAAUAAAAAAGUGUGUCGGUGUGUGCAAGCAUGCAUACAAGCAGUUUUAUUUCUGUGUGUGAACAUGAACACACAUUCAUCAGCGUGUGCCUGUGAGUGCAGAGCAGUGUGUGGGCAUCUUUGGUCCGCCUGUGUCUGUAUACCGUCAUAAUAAAACUAAUAGGGCUCAAACGGGCCACUUUCUCCAUUCACUGCGGCCCCUGAUCACUGGGGCCACAGCAUCAUACUAGAAUUUGUAAACUCCCUCCAAUGCAAGUCUUUUUGCAUUCAAUUGCUGUAAAGUAAACAGUAUGUAGUUACAUGUUUGUCUCAUGUGAGCGAAAUGUAAAGGACUUUGACGUGUACUGUGAUGGAAGUGGACAUACAGUAAUGAGGAUAAUCAGAGUUCUGUUUUACAUUUUUUACAGUGACCAAAUGUCAUCUAUUUUUUUGCAUUCAAUAUCAAAGUAGGCUGUCAAUUUAGCUAUGCUUACUGUUCCAAAUCAUGGAGGAUGUUGCGUAACGAGUAACGAAUAAUAACUUUAAUCUAAACAUGUAUCGCUGCACCCUCACUGGCACUAGAAAACUGUUUAUGAUUCUCACAGACAUGUCACAACUCAAGCGAGCCUCCCUAAAGCUGCCUGUUAUCACAUAUUCAGAGCUGCUGUCGGACAAUACAUGUGUGGGUUUUUUUUCUCAGUUGUAAAGGGACAUGUAAGAUGUAAAGUUGUGCAUCGUUGGCCAUUUUUCAAAUUUAAAGGACUACACGCUACACACUCUGAUGUAUUCGGAAACCUGAAUAAGUUUGUGAGUUUUUAAAAAAGUAUCUAAAUUCUGUACUGUGCCGAUGUUGAUCAAUGAUGCAUUUGUAAGUUAUUGUGUGAGGUGGGAAGUUUCUCUUUGAUUUGUCUUUUUAAGUCAGAUGAGUAUAAUCACCUGAAGGUUGUACAAAGGAAAUCGCAUUAUCCGUUGAAGGCAAAGACGCUGAGAAGAAUGUGCAUACUUGUAUAAAUGUAUAUGGUGGGCUUUAGCACUCUGCCAAAUGCAAUUUUGCACUCCAAAACAUACUUUUGUUUUUUUUCUCCCCCAGCCCCAAGGCUUCUGAUGUGUUUAAGAGUUGUCUCUGCGGAUGAGAAGACGAUAAGUCUAUAAACCGUAGGAAAAGUAAGCUGUGAUAAUAAGUGCACAAAGCACAAAGGCCCAUGGUGUUUCUUUAUCAUUUUCUUCAGUCUGUUCCAUAACUGUGGUCUUUUUGUUCCUUUUUAAGAAAUGUUAUUUUACAGCAGUAGUUUCGUACUUCUGUAAACGAUUUGCAAACCAAAAUGCAAUGUACAGUAGAUAUGGAUUAUAUUUUAGAUUUACUGCACUUCAGACUGUUUGUAAAUAUACUCAAAUAAACAAAGGAAAGGAA